GUUUAAUGCAAUCUAACCAGUUUCACAUACCGGAAGUGGAGGUCGCCCUGUUCAUUGACGGCACCAGAGAGAGAAAGAAGUAAGAGGAAACGAGGGAAAGAUCGAGAGAAGGAGUGGAAGAGGGGGUGGGGGUUGGGGGGAGGCUGUCUGAUGGCUGCCAAGUCGGACGGACUGUUAAAGAUGAAGAAGAGCGACGUGGCAUUUACCCCUUUGCAGAAUUCGGAGCACUCAUGCUCGAAGCAGCAUCAGGACCAUGGACAGCAGCAGCAGCAACAGCAGCAGCUGGAGGAUGAGCACGAGCAGGAACGGGAAAGGGUGAGCGCAGAGCCCGUCUCAGCGGAGCUGUCCUCUCGCUGUUGCACGGGACUGUGCCGGGGUCGCUGCCUGCGCUUCGCCCGCCACCAGAGGUACACUCUAUGGGACGGCCUGUGGAUCGUGGCCGCGGUCACUGUCUACUUCUCUGACGUUGGCACAGACGUGUGGCUGGCCGUGGACUAUUACCUGCAUUCCCGUUACUGGUGGUUCGGAUUGACUCUCUUCUUCGUGGUGUUGGGCUCCCUCGCCGUGCAGGUCUUCAGUUUCAGAUGGUUCAUCCACGAUUUCGGCGCUAAUAACGGAGCCGGCGCCCGAAGCAGCAGCCCCGUGGAUGGCAAGUUACUGAGCAGCGUUGGGGGAGGCGGCGAGACCGACGCCCGAUCUCCACAACGUCAGCCUUCAACGACCAGGACCAAGAAUAUCGGCAAAGGCAGCAAGACAUCUUCAUGUUCCUUCUGCAUCUGGCUUCUACAGUCAAUCAUCCACAUCCUUCAGCUGGGACAGCUUUGGAGGUAUUUGCGCACUGUAUAUCUUGGUAUCCGAAGCCGUCAUAGUGGGGAGAUUGACCGCUGGCGAUUUUAUUGGAAGAUGGUGUAUGAAUAUGCAGAUGUAAGUAUGUUACAUCUGUUGGCGACAUUUUUGGAAAGUGCUCCACAGCUUGUGCUGCAGUUGUGCAUCAUUAUUCAGAGCCAUCGCUUAGAGGCACUACAAGGCCUUACAGCUGCAGUAUCCCUUGUGUCCUUGGCCUGGGCCUUGGCUUCCUAUCAGAAAGCUCUUCGUGAUUCCAGGAAUGAUAAAAAACCCAUCAGCUACAUGGCUGUUAUCAUUCAGUUCUGCUGGCAUUUCUUCAGUAUUGCAGCCAGAGUCAUCACCUUUGCCUUGUUUGCAUCAGUUUUCCAGCUCUAUUUUGGGAUCUUCAUUGUCUUGCAUUGGUGCAUCAUGACUUUCUGGGUUGUUCAUUGUGAAACAGAGUUCUGCAUAACCAAGUGGGAGGAGAUUGUAUUUGACAUGGUUGUAGGAAUAAUUUAUAUUUUCAGUUGGUUCAAUGUUAAAGAAGGAAGAACUCGGUGUCGACUUUUUAUCUACUACUUUGUAAUCCUCUUGGAAAACACUGCCUUGAGUGCACUGUGGUAUUUGUACCGAGCACCUCAAAUAACGGACGCUUUUGCCAUACCAGCUCUUUGUGUUGUUUUUAGUAGUUUUUUAACUGGAAUCGUUUUUAUGUUGAUGUACUAUGCCUUUUUUCAUCCAAAUGGACCAAGGUUUGGCCAGUCACAAAGGUUUGCUUGCAAGGAGCCUGCAGCCACUUUCAAUCUGCCUGCAGAGACAGCAGCAAGUGCUUUGAGGCCUGUGGCCCAAAACAGGGAACAGAAAUUCACAGAAAGAGAUGGUAGCAUACCUGUUUUUCAGGUUAGAUCUACUGCACCCUCUACACCAUCUUCUCGCACCCCAAGGAUAGAAGAAACAGUGAUCAAAAUUGACCUUUUGAGAAACAAGUAUCCGGCAUGGGACAGACAUGUUUUGGACAGAAGUCUACGAAAGGCUAUCCUUGCUUUUGAAUGGGCAUCUUCUCCACCUCAACUUCAGUACAAGGAUGAAGCCCUCAUUGAAGAACGGUUGGAAUAUGAAACAACUCUGUAAUAAGUUAACACAUUGUUUUAUUAAGAAAAUCAGUUGCCAAACCAGACAUUGAAAGUAGUCAUAGAUUUUCAAUGUGUGCUGCAAGGAGUGUUAUGGUAAACAUAUUCUUUAUAAAGCAGAUUUUGAUGCACACAUUAAUUUAAGUGCUGUCUUCAGCAUUAAUGUUUAUGAAUUUGGUGAGGCAGACAAAUAUUACUAUGAUUAUCAUUUUCUUACAACUUUAAUAAUAUGGUGCUAAUUCAUCUGCCAAUAAAAUUUACCAAAUUGGUCUUCUCUGAGCCGUCAAGAAUUCAAAAUACAUUAUUUGCUGGCAGUAUGAACAUGCACAUUUUCUAGUAUCCAAGAAUGCAUAACAUUUGCAAAAUCUGUCUCUUCGAUUUACGUAAGCAAGAGUUCAAGUUGUCUUUUUUUUAUAUAUUGUGAACUAUAGUUGGAAGUAACUUUUUAAAUGGAUAAUUGUGAUAUUGUGAACUAAUUUUAUGCAGAUGUUGAAAACAAUCUUGGCAGCUUUCCAUUCCAGAUAAUGUAAUGGUGUGAACUGAAAUGGAUUUUAGUGUCUAAAUACGUGUAUAAAGCUUAAGUAAAAGUAUCUGUACCAAAAUACAACCCCGCACUUUGUGGCUGUUUAGUAAUCUGAUGGAACAUAUAGCCCCAAAAUUUUAAUAUCAAAAAACGUAAUGAUCUCAGCGUAGAAGUCCAGAGAAAGUUAUGAAUUUACUAAGUCAGUCAAGAUCUAAUUUAGUUCCAACUUCUACAAAUUCAGACACACUCUAUUAGUGCAUUGGGUGAAACUUAUCCGCGUAUAAAAUAAGCACAGACUGCCAAACAGAUUUCCAAACACUGGACACAGUUCUAGACAAACCCAGUUCUACUAACUGAGUAUGAUACUUCUUUCAAUAUUGGAAGCUCUAUUGGGCUACAAAUCCAGACUGGAGUCAUUAUUUGUGCAGUCAGAAUGUGCACUCUAUUAAAAGCGUAAUAAAUGGGCAAAACAGUUUGCAGACUGUUGCAAGAGAGGUUUGGUAAAAUAAUUUCUACUUUGUUGAGUAUACAAUGGCAUUGCAUUCUGUGGCAGCAUAAUUGUACAGAUCAAUUGUGAGUAAUUGGUUGCGACUGUGGUAGGGAGAAGCUUUAAAAUAAAUUGCAUUAGAAAAGGUUAAUCUUGCUUGUCAGUAGAUGCUGUUUUUACUUAACGUAUAAUAUUUAAUUUUUCAUUAUUAAUAGUUAUUAAUACACGUGCUUUUGUCUGAAGAAUCUAAAUUCAAAGAGAAUAUGCAAAGAAUAGGCUAGUGAAAUUGUUCUGUCUUUUCAAAAACAUGGUAACUAAGUAAGUUUUUAUAAAGGAUAAAAACUUGUUUACGGAUUUUACAUUUUUGAUUAACUGAACAUUGUAUAUUUUAUAUGUUAAAAGAUGUUUUAAUCAGUUAAUUUAGUGCAAGAUAAAACUCCUCCAAUUUUCCAUAAUUUGCAUCAAUGUUCCAAUUGUACACUAUGCUAUACAUGUCAGCCAUGGAUAUCUUAAUGUGCAGAUAUUAAAUGACCUCUAUACCAAAUAGGUUAUUACUUGUCAAUCUGUACUUCUACUCCUCUGGCAAUAUAAUAAUUCUGAAGCAGAAACUUUGGUCAAUAUUUCAAAUACAUAGCAUACUACAGACAGACUGACAGUUAUCAGAAAUUCAUUCAGCAUGAUUGCAGUUCAGGGAAAUUAACUUGGAGGAAAAUGGUUCAUAUUGCGCCAUUUGAUUAACUGAUAUAUUCAUCAAUCAAAUAUAUAUCUGAUUUGUUGACUACACUGUGUAGUUUUACAAUCUUUACACAAAGGUAUAAAUU